UGUAGUUUCCCCCUCCGCGGUGAAUCAAAAAAACACUGAGCUUGAUCGCAAAAGCACACUUAGCUCUUUCUCUCUCUCACUCACUCACUCUCUCUCUCUCUCUCUCUCUAAGACUCUAACGCGCACACACACAGUCUCACUGUUCAUAGGGUUUUCUGGCGUCUCCGAGCUCCGUCCUGCCAUGGCUUCCUCGUCCUCGGAGCCGGGGAUGAAGUCCGAAGCUGGCGGCGGGGAGGCGGCGCCGCCGAAUGAUCAGCUGCUGCUGUACAGAGGACUGAAGAAGGCGAAGAAGGAGAGAGGAUGCACGGCCAAGGAGCGCAUCAGCAAGAUGCCUCCCUGUGCUGCUGGCAAACGCAGUUCCAUCUACAGAGGCGUCACCAGGCAUAGAUGGACUGGUCGGUAUGAAGCUCAUCUUUGGGACAAGAGCACUUGGAACCAGAAUCAGAACAAGAAAGGAAAGCAAGUUUAUUUAGGUGCCUAUGAUGAUGAGGAGGCUGCAGCUCGAGCAUAUGACCUUGCUGCAUUGAAGUAUUGGGGCCCAGGGACGCUCAUCAAUUUUCCAGUUACUGAUUAUACGAGAGAUCUGGAAGAAAUGCAAAAUGUGACAAGAGAGGAGUACCUUGCAUCGCUUCGAAGAAAGAGCAGCGGUUUCUCAAGGGGAAUUUCAAAGUACCGAGGACUCUCCAGCCGAUGGGAGUCAUCAUUUGGCCGAAUUGGUGGAACAGAAUAUCUCAACAGCGCGCACUAUGGUACAAGUGAAGAUCCAGCAAUAGAUAGUGACUUUCCGGGCGGUUUUUGCAUUGAUAGGAAGAUUGAUCUGACAAGUUACAUCAAGUGGUGGGGACCCAAUAGAGCACGUCAAGUUGAUUCUACAUCGAAGUCAUAUGAAGAAACAAAACAAGGUCCAUCUGAGGACAGUACUGAUGAACUUAAAACAUCACAAUGGGCAGCUCAGCAUACUGAACCAUACCAGAUGCCCCGUCUGGGAACAAACCAUGAGGGAAAAAAGCCAAAAAGCUUAGCCUCAUCUGCCCUUGGCAUCUUAACGCAGUCAGCCGCCUUCAAGAGCCUGCAAGAGAAAACAAUGAAAAAGCAAGAAAGUGAGAAUGAUAAUGACGAGAACGAGAACAAGAAUACUAUCAACAGAAUGGACUACGGAAAGGCAGUUGAGAAACCAACGGCACAUGAUGGUGCCGGGGAGAGACAUGGAGUUUCGAUCGGGACGAGUGGGGGAUUGUCUCUCCAGAGAAAUGUUUAUCCCUUAACAUCUUUCUUAAAUGCACCACUUCUUACCAGCUAUAAUACAAUCGAUCCACUUGUGGAUCCUGUUCUUUGGACAUCUCUUGUUCCGGUCCUUCCUGCGGGGCUGUCUCGUGCGCCUGAGGUUCCAAAGACAGAAACCAGUUCCACCUAUACUUUUGCGCAGCCACCGGAAUGAUGAACUGAUUUCUUAUAUUUUCUACUGAAUGUGGCGGACUGAAGAGCAAGAAUAUGCUUAUUACACAAGUGGUUGGGCUGAUGAUCAUGCUGUAGGUACAGCAGCUGCAAGGAGCCAAGGACAUUGAGCGUACCACUCGGUUUGGAAUCUGGACUUCAGCAUAUCUUCGGCAGCUCAUAUUGCC